AGAUCGUCCUCUUGUACCACCAAACCAGUGUACGACAUGAAGUACCUUUACGCACAAUCCAUCACUUUGUUGCUCGUGGUGUGUGUUGGUCUGAUCUCCGCCACGAGUAACUGCACCGACGAUGAUCUCUACGUUAUAAGAAGUACUCCUUCGAUUGGGCUUGUGGUGGAUGGUACCGACCACAAGAAAAUUAGUGUGCAGGCUUACACUGGUUUUAGUACUCAGUUGUGGAAAUUUAGGACUGGGGACAGGCCUGGGUUGUACUACAUCAUUAAUAGUCAUUCGGGGCUUGCUCUUGAUUAUAUUGACAGUAAAGAGCCUGCGAUAGUCUUGACCGAACAAAGGGAUACUUUGGAUCAGCAAUGGAUGGUGAACACGAAUGGUCAUAUUGUUAAUGCUGGGAAAAUGUGGAAUAUGGAUAUUCACAAAGCCCGCUAUGUGGCUGGAAAUGCUCUCAUUGUGUGGGAGAACAAUGGGUGCGAGUGCCAGAAGUUCACUCUGCAGAAGAAAGUGUAGGGUACGACUGGUACCACUCCAGUGAGAAAAUAGUAUUUCUAAAGUUAUUUGUAAACAAUUGUGGGAUCGUGAAUCCAAAUAAAUAAGUAAAAUUUGA